AUGAUGGGCUGCAACGAGCGCGAGCCGGAGGCGGGCCAGCGCCUCCUCUGCCGCCACGCGUUUGACGAGAUGGUUCGUGUGUACGUGACGCCGUCGGCCGUGAUCCCGCUCCACUCGCUCGUGUGGGACGGCCAGAAGGGCGGUAUCCAGGGCAAGCUGCCGACGAUUGAAGAGAUCCGCUCGUACGUGGCCAACCAGAUCGAGGUCAUGCGCGCCGACGUCAUGCGCCCGCUCAACGCGACGCCGUACAAGGUGUCGGUGUCGACGGACCUCUACGAAUUCACGCACUUACUCUGGGCGCGCGAGUUUCCCGUCCGCGAACUCAACUAGGGUCAUUUU